ACUAGCAUAAUUAUUUAUUUUUUAUACGUGGUACGUUGCCCGUUUAGCUUUUAAUUUAAAUGGUGUUUUAGCUUUUGCUGCACCGAAAUGCAUGCAAAGCUCAGUGAAACCGAGUUGCGCAUAGUGGCGCGUCUAAAUGAGGAGAUUGGAAAGGAUGCCAGCCGGCUGCAUCGGGCCAGUCACCUCGUUAGCCACUACAAAGAGCGCCUCCAAGUUUUGUCACAAACGCUGGACUACGAGGAUGCCCAGAACGUGUCCUGCUACAAAUCCGCCUUCCAGUGCCAGCAACAGGUCUGCGAGAGCAUCGACUUCGAGCUGGAGAAGCUGGCCCAGUUCGAAGCCAAGCUGAAAAAGAAGCUCAAGGAGUGCCAGCCUGCCCUUGAGGGCGUGGCCGAGGACUUGGACAAAGUGCGCCAACUGCAGCGUUUGCAGCAGUAUCUACGCCUGGUCCAGGACAUCCAGGAGAUAAGCGCUGCCCUGGGCAAUGCCAUCGAUGGCAAGGACGAGGACAAACUGGUCAAUAUCUACCUAACCCUCUACGAGGGUAACGACUGCGAGCACAGCGUUGUGGGUCGCCUGCAGGCCGUGCAGGCACAGUCCCUGAAAUCCUUUGCCGAACGCACUGCCAUCUACUGGCACAAGCUGCUCCUCAAGCGGCUGUCCAGCGAAUUCGAGGCGGUCCUGAAGAGCAUGCGCUGGGCGCAUCUGGAACAGCAAACCCUCAACUAUUCACCCACACGAGACACUGCCAAGGCGCAACUACUUGCCGAGUACAUGUUCCUCAUCAAGUCUCCGGCCGAAGAGCAUGCGCCACUGCAAAGCAUCACGCCCAGCAUCGUUUGCGAGCCCAUUAACCAGGUGGUGCAGCUCCUAUUGGCGCCAUAUCGCCAGCGUUUCACAUUUCACUUCACAGGCACCAGGCAAACAAAUAGACUAGACAAGCCCGAGUGGUUCUAUACGCAAAUUCUCAACUGGGGCAAGGAGACGCAUUUCUUUGUGGGCAAAACAUUUCAACCAUCUGCUAUCAAAGCGGGCAAACUAGAUUACAAUCUCAGGCUGGAGUUUAUGCGAGGUCUGGUUCAGUUAGCCAUUGAGAAGUUGGCGGUGGAUAUAGAACAGAUUGCCCAAGACGAGCUACUAUUUGCCCAUCUGCUGGACGAGACGCUGGCCUUUGAAUCCGAGUUGCGGGAAACAUUUGGGUAUCCGGCUAGUUUUCCCAGCGCUAUAUCUGUAAUCACGCAGCCCAUGUAUUUGCUUCGCUGGAUUUCACUGGAAGAACGAUUUUGUGCGGAAAAAAUGGAUGAAAUUCUGCAAGCGGAGACGCCAUUCCAGCUAAUUGAUCCCAACACAUUCGAGGACGAUCUGAAAAUUCCCAAGUGUGCGGAUCAGUUCAUGCGACUGCUGGACGCCAUUAAGGAUCGCUACUACGGGCUGAUUCAACCUGGCCACCAACUGCAGUUCCUGCACCUGCAACUGGAGCUGAUCGAUAGUUUCCGACGGCGCCUGGUGCAGCUGCACAGCAGUGGAGCGGUGCCAAGCAUUCCCGUUCUGAAUGCCAUCAACUAUUUGGUAAUGGUGUUGCGCGAAUGGGGCGAAAACGUGCAUUAUCUUCACUUGCAUGCGGCACUGGCCGGUCCAAAUGCAACUGAGAUUAACUCAGUGUUCGAACAUGCGGUCGCAGAACUGGAGCAUUGGGCCAGACAACUAAUGCGCAAUCUGGCUACCAAGGCAACCAAUGAAAUGAAAGCGAAAUCGAUGAGCUAUCGCCAUGAUGCGUGGCCAACGAUGCCCGAACAAAACUGCCGGGAGCCGUUUAUCCUCUCGCCUAGUGGUGGCGAAAUGUUCCAGGUGCUGGUCACGCUGCUACACAAUCUGGACCGGGAACUGUCCGCCAAUCUGUUCAAUCAGACGCUUCGUUUGAUAGCCCAUCAAAUUGAUGAGUUCAUGCUCGAGAGCAUGGUCAUGAACACAAAGUUCGCACCCGCUGGGGCAGCGCAAUUCAAUUAUGACAUGACGCGCAAUUUAUUCGCACUCUUUGGACAGUAUACGCGACGUCCCGAGCUGCUCUUUAAACGAAUACACGAUGCCUGCAAACUGCUGGCGGCGGCACGGGGAACUGCUUUGUUGCUGCUGGAAACGCUGCGCAGUAAUCAAUCGGUGGAGGAGAAAACGAAGCCGCUGAGGGAGCUGCAUGUGCUCAGCAUGGACAGCAAACAGUGCAUUGAGGUUCUGGAGCGGAGGACGGACAUAAAGAUGUUUUAAGCAAUGCAAAUCUUUAAGCUAGUUAAUUACUCUGUUUUUUAUUGGGCACUAGGAACUUAUGCAAUGAUAUACAACGUUCAGACGCCGACUUUUUGCGAAAUAAAAUCAUUAACACCUGGAAUGAAAGCGAA